AUGCCUGAAUGGAGCCCGUUGUCGUGCUUCCACUACGGAAGAGUCGUCGAGUCAUUUCUGCCGCUCAAGCUGCUGGACAAAAAAGACCCCAAGCACAAGGCCAUUGCCCAGAACUUUGUCAACGUCCACCCUGGAGAUCAGGUGUACCUUUUCGAGCAGGAAGAAGGCGGCAAAUGGGUCCGGGGAUACGUUGUCUCGCUGCCCAUGCCGUCAGAUUUUCUUACCGCGGGGGCCACGCUGGACAGAAUGCCUGAGAACCGGGUUUCUGUGGCCGUCCUGCCCAGAUCUUGCGUGGAAGUCGUGAAAGAGAUCCCGUAUAACAAGACCUAUACGCUUAGCUCAGACUCGCUGCCUCCGUUGCCACCGGAGUCACAGGCCCUCACAGACUCGUUUUUGGACGAGAUCGUGUUUUCGCUGCGCUCCAUUGCCGUCUACAUCUUUGCGGUUUACUCCAUGAACCAGUUCUCUCUGUUCCAAAAAUUAAAAGACAUAUACACCGAGCUGAACGACAUUCGGCUGCAGUUUCUGCACGGCCUGCUCACAAAGGAGGAGAAGGUGCUUGCACAGAAACAGGUUGCAGCGCUUGUAAACAGGAUAUCCAAGCUGCUGGCCCCGGUAAUCUCCAACGACGUAGGUGGCUACCUGGCUAUUUCAUCCAGAGACGAAAAAACGGGCCAGCUCUUCAGGGCCAACAAAAACCCAGAAAACAUGAUAAACCUCGCAAAAGUCGCACAGAACCAGGUGUUUUCGGCCCUCGCAUCCAACUUCCCCGUCAGCAACGCAGACGUCUCCUUUGUGCCCGAAAAAUGCCCCAAAUUGCAGCCUGCGCUCCCGUCGCACAUUCUCGUGGAUUUUAAAUCCGUUUCUGGCUCCUCGAACAUCGUCCCAAAAGGGUACGACGGGAUAACCGCGUACAUGUACUUGCGCAAUACCAAGAAGACCAUCACGGAAGCGUUUAACAUCACGAUUCGGCCGCACGAGAGCUUCGAGCUGGAAAAUAUUUCUGCAGCUCUGUUUAAAAAUAUUCCAGCCAGCGAGGUGGAAAAUACCAGAGUCUACCUGGUGGCCGUUUUGACCGAGAACAUCAAACUCACAGAGAGCAAACUGCCCUCGAUCCGCAAGGGGAUAGGCGCCGGUGUCGCCAACAUCACGCGAAUUUUCAGCGGGAAACAAGGCCAUCUGACUGCGGGCCAGGCUCACCAGUUCACCAUAAAACUGUUCAGCUCGUACACUUCACGAAACUCCCAGCAGCUGAGUGUCAAGCCGGGCAUGAGUCCGCUCCCGGGCGUGUCGUCGCUCAUGGAAAACAACGGCUGGGGAGAGCUCGUGGACCGAAUCAUUGCUGGAUCCAGCAAAGGGGUGGCCAUCAACCCAAGAGCAGAGCAGAUCACUCUCUCCAUCAAAGAGCUCAAAAACAACAAGCUGUUGGACUCUAUCGAUGCGAGAACGUCUGCCAUUGCGUCGAUCCGGCCAAUGCUGUACAGUCCGCUGGAGCCAGACUACAGCAGAUCGUAUUUGACGGUCAACAAAUGCAAUCUGGUGGCAGGUCUUGACAAGGAGAAGAGCUUUGUCACCGUGGAGGUCAAGUCACCCACUCAGGGGCUACGUUUUGCCAAGGGCACGAACGAGGACCCGCGCAAGGCGUGGCAGUUCCUGACAGUUUCGCCGGACGAGUAUGUUGGCGAGACCGUCCAGAUUUUCAAUAUCGAUGAAAACUCGAUCAUUGAGAACGAGUACCUGAUAUUUACCGUUUACUUAAACGGGGACUCCCUUGGCGAGGGACGGUACCAUCUGCGGUCCGGCCACCAGAUCCGCGAGACCAAGAAGGGCGCCCAGGUGGAGAUUUACGGUAAUGGUAGCAGCCAGGUGGCCGCAGUGGAUUUUGACCUGCAGUAUGUGGGGAAAAAGUACAACGCCGACCCGGCGGUGGCCACCAUUUUGGACUGGAAGAAGUUCUAUAGCGCCAAUCUCGAGGGCAACUAUGGAACGCUGAUCCAGGUGCUGGCGAAAGCAGGCAAGGUGGAGCUGGGGACGGCGGUGAAAUUUUUCCCCGAGCUGCUGCGCACGUUUUUGGAGAUUUUCAACGAGUCGCGUGUCAAGAAGCUACUUUCGCUGGAGAUUGCCGCUUUCGAGAGCGUCGUGCGUCUGCUCGACGUGACCAUCGCGCGCCAGGACCACUAUAAUUACGUUUUUUCGGACUUCCUGGAGAAAUACAGAAACCUACCGACUGUCGGCGAGCAGCUGCUGCAUUUGAUGGCUUCGUAUUUUUCGCAGGUCGACACCGACUGGAACUCGACGGGCCGUGCGCUGUGUCGCACGUCGCACCUCGUGCUCAAACUUGCGGCCGCGUGCUACGCCAACUCGACCGCGUUUGCCGGCGUCGGCACCUUCUUUAGCAACUCGGCCGCCAAGCUGCUUGCCAUCAAGCAGGACUCAAUUUUGCCCGACCAGCUGCUGAUUGCUGAGUCGCUGGAGUUGUGGCUCGACGUGCUACGCGAGUUCUACGAUGAUGCGCACCUGCUCAAGAUGGCGGCCAAGUGGAUCGACGCGAUCGGGUUGCAGGGCCUCGGUGCAGCAGACGACGUGCCGUCCAAGAAAAAAAGCCACGAGCACCGUCUGAUCGUGAGCAAGCUGCUAUUUAUUCGCCGGCUGCUGAAUUCCUGGCUCAUUCACACCUCCUCCGUCGAAACUCGCGACACGCUGAUGGCCAGCGCGCUCAAAUGGGCGCUCCAGGUGGUCUUGAGCGAGCAGAUCGACAUCGACGCCAUCCGGCUCGCGCUCGGGAUCAUCCUGGCGUUCGACACCGCGUGCUUCGGCGAAGAUCGCCUGUUCCACGACGACAGCAAACAGGCGUACGUGACAAUCGCGCGGCUGCUGCCUGUGCUGGGUGAGACGUUCCGCAGAUGCCUUGUGCACUGCCAGAAAAACGGCUAUCUCAAGCCGCGCAGAACGUUCACGCAGCUGUUCCCCGUGGCUUACCCGUUCCCAGAGCACACGAUCGACUCGGCCGUUAACAACGAGUCCUUCUGCGAGGUGCUGAUCGAGCUGGCCGUGCUGAUCGCGAUCCACGCCAAGAUCGGCAGGGCCAACGGCGACGCCAUGAGCCAGUACCUGGUGAAGAAAACCACGUCGCCCGCGUACGAGGCGCUGAACGGGCUGCUGGGCGCGCCCGGCAGCGUGCUGGACUCGCCCACAAAGCCGUUCGACACGGUUCGGUGGGUGGUUUCCACUAUGUCGGCGAAAUAUUAUCCGGCCGAUAAAUGGCUGUCGCUGCGCGCACUCAUCACAGAGGGCAUCCUGUCGCUGACGGAAUUUGUUUAUCCGAUGGCGGUUCGGAUCCUCCCGCCACCGGGCGAGGUGGACGGGUUCAACGUGCGCGUCUGGCACAAGUACCUCGUGGCGAUCAUGAGGUGUGCUACCGCGAAGACGUCGUCGUUAGAGCAUCUGCACGAUAUCCCGCGCAAGUGCUGCUACCAGCUGGAGGGCGACAUCCGGCCGCGUGCUGCGGGCCUUGUGCAGUCUGUGUGGAACAGUCUGGGCGUGCGGUGUGCUGAGAAAACGGCGCAGCGGUUUGAAAUCGAGAAAUGCGGCGGGUUCCAGACGCUAUUUAUUGCCGACGAAAAAUAUACCAUCGUAGGCGACGUGCUGCUGCUGUGUUUCCAGCGCAACACAACGUGUGUGGAUGUCGGCGUUAAAAUUCUGUGGUCAAUGAUGGUCGAUGAGUGGCUGAACAAGCAGAGUCUUGAGGAAUUGCAACGGCUGUGCAUCGUCUCGAUCUACGAAAUUUUCCACACCGAAAAUAGCUACUCUCCUGGCCCGGAGGAAAUUGUGGGUUUCAUCAGCCAUCUUGCCAACUCGGUCAAGCUGGACCCCGAGGACGAGGCGCAUGGCCCAGUCAUGGGGCUUAUCGACAAGUUGUCGGCGUAUCUCGAGAACAUGAACCAGCUGCAGAAAAUCCCCAAGGGCAGCGAGUUCGACGACGACAGAAUGUACUACAAGCUAAAACUGUCACAGUAUCUUGCCAAUGUGGACCGUCCCGAGGUGUUCCAGUCGUUUGUAAACGACCUGUACCAAUCGAACCUCGAACGCGGCCAUUAUGUGCAGGCUGCUCUGUCGCUCGGACUUUUGGCCGACACGUACUCCUGGGACCCGGAAACAGAGGUGGCGGCGUGCGAGCGGCCGCCGUUCCCGAAACAGACCGCGUUCCAGCGCAAGGAGCAGCUCUACAAGAUGAUUGCGUCCAACUUCGUCCGUGGUAAGCGUCUCGAACAGGCCGUCGACGUGUACCAGGAGCUGCUACGCGCGUACAUGGCCUACAACUUCGAUCUGCGCGGGCUGAGCUACUGUCACGGCGAGCUCGCGAAAAUCUACAAGGCACUGGAGACGGUCGACCGUGUCGAAUCGAGCUACUUCCGCAUCGAGUUCAUUGGAGCCGGGUUCCCUGACGCGCUGCGCAACAAGCAGUAUAUCUACGAGGGACUUGCGUUUGAGCACAUCACGUCGAUGAUCCAACGGCUGUUGCGACUGUAUCCAGGAGCACAUCUCAUUAGUAGCGAGGAGGAGCUGCAAAAGCUCAAGGAUAGCGAGCCAGCAGGAAAACAUAUCCAUGUCAAAAGCGUGGCUCCGUACAAGGACAUGAGCGGCGACAAGCUGUCGCUGCGCACAAAACAGUACGUGGACAACAAGGACCUGCGCCAGUUCCAGGCAACACGCAGACUUGCCGGCUCGACGGGUAUCCAGGAUCUGUGGACAGAGGAGGUGACGUACGAGACGUAUGCUCCGUUCCCUACGCUGAUGAACCGGUCGGAAAUCAAAACCACAACGGUGACGAAGCUGUCGCCCGUGGAGAACGCGUUGAGGUCGCUGAGUGCCAGAAACGAAAGCUUGGAAGAUUUGGAACAGACGCUGCUGCAGGCAGUCAAAAAAACCGAGGACUACUCGCAAUUGUCGCAGUCUGCCAUUUUUGGCGAGUUGUCGCGGGUGCUUGCAGGGACGGUUGACUCGCCUGUGAAUGGCGGGGCGGGCCAAUACAGGGUGUUUUUCGGAAAGACAGACAAAGACGGCGCAGAGCAGGCGGUGGAAGCCAAGUUUGAGCAGCUGGUGCAAAAUCUGUACCGGCUGCUCAGAGUCCAUGCUCUGCUCGUGCCGGACUCACUGUUGGAGAGCCAUAAGAGUCUGGUGGAGCUGUUUGGCGCCAAUUUUGCGCCAGAAAUCGACAAUUUACAUCUAAGCUUGGGCGAGCUGAUGGAUGUGGAUAAGAUCAGAGAAACGCCUCAGAACGUGUCGCUCUACGAGUCCGCCAGCUCGCUCCACCUCACCAUCACCAACACCAGCAGCAACGCAUCGGUCCACUCGAACUCCUCGGAACCCAGGUUCUCCCAGAGUCUAGCCUCGCCAGGAGUGCGUCUGUAUACAAAAGCAAUGGUAUAG